GUGGCCUGUGGGGACGCUUCAAGUACAUGUGCUGCCGAGAAGGAGGCGCCCCUGUGGUGACCUUGUCGCAUGGCCAAGUCCGGCAAGCUAUCCACGGCUCUGAGGGCACGUACUGCCCCGAGAAAGCCGGCGCAUCGGGCCGGAUGGACUACCUCCAGAAGGCCUUCGGCAGGUGGCAGACCACCUCGCCUGCCAAGUUGACCUUCAGCGAGGAGACCGGGAAGUGGUGCAUCGGAGGCGGCUGCUCUGCCGAGACGGAUGCCUUGGAUCCUUCCGGCUUGAAGCUGGGUGGUUUCGAGGUCACCAUGGCAGACGACUUCGAUGGUGAUUUCAAG